AUGGCCGACACGGCAUUUGACGAGAGUCUGGCGCUCCUGCUCCAACAGGAAGAGGAUGAAUUGGCAGCUGCAUUUGCCUCGCAGGGAGGAUCGAAUGCCCAUGCAGCGUCUACACGAACGAGUGAUGUCGCCGAUCCCAACCCAGAUUUGCACGCGCUGUUUCUGGCGUUUGACCAACAGUACUUUGACGGUAGACUUGCUAGUGUUGAAGUCCGAUGGAGCGAUCGCAUGACACUCUGCGCUGGAAUGUGCUACUACUACAAGGGCGGGUAUUGCUCCAUCCGCCUUAGCGAGCCGUUACUUAAAUUCCGGCCACGAAGUGACUACAUUAAUACUCUCCUCCAUGAAAUGAUCCAUGCGUACUUGUUUGUGACGCAGAAUAAUCGGGACCGGGAGGGGCAUGGGCCAGAGUUUUUGAAAUUGGCAGAGAGGAUCAACAAGCAAGCGGGAACAAACAUUACAGUAUAUCACAACUUUCACGACGAGGUCAACCACUACCGCGUUCACGUCUGGAAAUGCGACGGCCCAUGCCAACACCGACCGCCAUUUUUCGGCAUCGUCCGUCGAUCCAUGAACCGUCCCCCUCAACCCGCCGACAGAUGGUGGUCAGAUCACCAAGCAAGCUGCGGCGGAACGUACCAUAAAAUAGCCGGCCCAGAGCCCAAACCGAAACGAAAACGCAAAGAAGAAAAGAGUGAGGACAGAGUUGAUAAGGGCAAAACUGCGGGCAUCGAUGAUUAUUUCGUUCAGCUGGAUAAAAAGAUAAAAUCAGAGGACGACACACGACAGAAUGACAAAGUGCGAGCACCGUCACCUCAUCAUAGCGAACUUGUCAUGGACCUCACGGGCCCGCCUCUCAAACCUUCCAAAGAACCAAUACCAUCCGCAGUCGCCUCCCCUCCUGAAAGUGUCUCUUGCCCCGUAUGCGGUAAGACAGGCUUCACUUCCACGGAAAUCAAUGAGCACCUGGAUCUGUGUCUGUGGGAACAGGGUGGGGGAUCGUAG